AUGGAGCGAAAUAUAGAAAUCUACGCCACCAAGCUCGGCGAUGAGAAGCUGGACGUCAAAGUCCGAGCUAAUGUUGCUACCGAAUUACGAGACAGCAUUGAACCUUUAUGCUCGGGCGCAAGCUACCCCAUCUUUCUAGCCAAGCUAUGGCCGGUUUUCAAAACAAUCCUGAAGGGAGACCCAGUCUUCUUCAGCAUGUCCUAUGACCAAAAGCUUCGAAACUGUAUUCUCGAGACACUACACCGAUUACCCAUGGGCUCCCCCGAUGUAGAGCCGUAUGCCGUUGAUAUGGUCGACCUGUUGAUGGAACUGGCGCGGAUCGAGAAUGAAGAUAAUGCGGUGCUCUGCAUGAAGACCAUCAUGGAUUUAGAGAGGAACCAAGCUAAGGCAACUGCACACCGGGUUCAGGCUUUCCUUGAACUCAUUCAAGAGAUGUUCCAGACCAUGGAGCAAGUGGUCCGGGACACCUUUGACACGCCAAACCAAGCCACACCCUCGGGUAUGCCAUCAACACCAAACGCAACAGCACAGAGCUUCCAAUCUCCUCGACCGAGCUCACCUGCAACAUCUGUGUCAGAUUUAGGACCGGAACAGCAGUCGAGCAAUGUUCUUCUCAAGGGUAUGCAGUCCUUCAAGGUUCUUGCGGAGUGUCCGAUCAUCGUCGUUUCCAUCUUCCAGACUCACCGCGCAUCGGUUUCAGCCAAUGUCAAGCUGUUCGUACCGCUCAUCAAGACCAUUCUGUUGCUUCAGGCGAAGCCGCAAGAGAAGGCACACGCAGAAGCCGCAGCACAGGGUACGAUCUUCACGGGGGUAUGCAAGGAAAUCAAGAACCGUCCUGCAUUCGGAGAGUUCAUCACAGCGCAAGUAAAGACGAUGAGCUUUUUAGCAUACUUGUUGCGUCUGUAUGCCCACCAGCUUCAAGAUUUCCUUCCCACACUUCCCUCUGUCGUGGUACGUCUUCUUCAAGAUUGUCCACGAGAGAAGUCAGGCGCAAGGAAAGAGUUGCUGGUAGCUAUUCGUCACAUUAUCAACUUCAACUACCGCAAGAUCUUCCUCGAGAAAAUCGAUGAGCUCCUGGAUGAGCGAACUCUUAUCGGAGAUGGCCUGACUGUCUAUGAGACCAUGAGACCCUUGGCUUAUAGCAUGUUGGCUGAUCUGAUCCACCACGUCCGUGACCACCUUAGUCGGGAUCAGAUCCGGAGGACAGUUGAAGUGUACACCAAAAACCUUCACGACGAUUUCCCUGGCACAAGUUUCCAAACGAUGAGUGCAAAGUUACUUCUGAACAUGGCUGAGAAUAUCUCCAAAUUAGAAGACAAGCGUGAGGCGCGUUAUUUCCUAAUCAUGAUUUUAGAUGCCAUCGGUGACAAGUUUGCAUCGAUGAACCAUCAGUUCAAGAACGCCGUCAAAGUUUCCAAGGCCAACAAAGUCUUCCGCAAGGAGACAGAGCCGUGCCCCGAAAGCUACCUCGUCGACAAGGACCAGCCCCCGAGUGGGAUGAAAUCGACAUUUUCUCUGCAUCACCCAUCAAGACCUCUAGCCCGCGAGAUCGUGGCGAAUAUUUUCCGCCAAUUGAAGAACUGCAACCCAGACGACGUUCAGAUCGACCCAAGUAGCGUUCCUAUCAACUGGUCCGAGGUAUCAUAUGGUUAUAAUGCAGAGGAAGUCAGUGUCAUCAAGAAGCUCUUCCACGAGGGAGCCCGUGUCUUCCGCUACUAUGGCGUGGACCAGCCCCCCCCUGAGAUGACCUAUGCUUCUCCAUUUGACUUCCUCGCGAGUCAGUACACAGCGCCAAUGUCGCGAGAAGAAAAGGAGCUUCUGGAAAGCUUCGGCACUGUCUUCCACUGCAUUGAUACCGCGACUUUCCAUGAGGUUUUUCAUUCCGAAAUUCCCUACCUCCACGAGCUUAUGUUUGAACAUGGGGCUUUGCUUCACCUGCCCCAGUUCUUCCUAGCUAGCGAGGCCACUUCUCCCGCAUUCUCUGGCAUGGUUUUGCAGUAUCUGAUGGAGCGUAUUGAUGAAGUUGGAACCUCUGAUAUGACGAAAGCGAAGAUAUUAUUGAGAAUGUUCAAGCUUUCUUUCAUGGCGGUGACCCUGUUCUCUGUGCAGAAUGAGCAGGUCCUUCACCCUCAUGUGACAAAGAUCGUCACCAAGUGUAUUGAGCUUUCCGUCACAGCCGAGGAGCCUAUGAACUACUUCCUUCUGUUACGUUCUUUGUUCCGAAGCAUCGGUGGGGGACGUUUCGAGCUCCUCUACAAGGAAAUUCUUCCCCUUCUAGAGAUGUUGCUUGAGACAUUCAACAACCUGCUGCUUGCAGCCCGUAAGCCGCAGGAGCGGGAUCUCUAUGUGGAACUUACCCUCACUGUUCCCGCCCGGCUGAGCCAUCUCCUACCUCAUCUCAGCUAUCUGAUGCGUCCAAUCGUGGUAGCCUUGCGUGCGGACUCUGAUCUUGUCGGACAGGGUCUGCGCACUCUCGAACUGUGCGUGGACAACCUCACAGCCGAUUACCUUGACCCCAUUAUGGCUCCAAUCAUGGACGAGCUGAUGACUGCUCUCUGGGACCACCUUCGCCCUCAUCCUUACAAUCACUUCCACGCUCACACCACCAUGCGUAUCCUGGGUAAACUGGGUGGACGGAAUCGCAAGUUCCUCAACCACCCACCAGAGCUGUCCUUCCAGCAAUUCUCUGAUGACAACCCCAGCUUCGACAUCAGGCUGAUUGGCCCGAACGAGAAGCGACCGUUCCCUGUGGACAUCGGUAUUGACCUCGCUGCUGGUAAACUUAUGGAGGUUCCAAAGACGGAUUCAGCAAAAGCUUCGGACAUCUAUUACAAGCAGCAGGCCUAUCGGAUGCUCAGCUCUCACCUCAAGCUUCAAAUUGGUUAUGAUGCGAUACCAGAUGAUUUGUCAAGCUCAAUUAGACUUCAUGCCAACGACCUCUUCGAGAACAAGCCCAGUGCGAUGGCUGAUAUUCUUGACAAGUCGGAAAGGUCAGCCUCGAUACCUAAGAAGAUUGCACAGGAAGCAACUGUCAAGAAGCUGAUUAAGGCUUGUAUCUUUGCUACUACUAUUCCUGAGCUUGAGCAAACCGCCAAGGCCUUUGUGGCGGAUGUAUGCAAGCACUUUACCCUCGUCGAGGUUGGUCGUGCCCUGGCGCAAUUCAGACACGGCCGCAAAGCCUUCGAUGUUGCAAGCGGCGAAGGCCCCGUGUACCUGGACUCCAAGAUUCUCGCCGAGGCCUUGGUUGACUGCCUCGCAUCUGAUGAGGUCCAUGUCCGAGAGGCUGCCGAGAAGGCCAUAGUUGUUGUCAGGGACGCGGCGGGUGUGAUUUUUGGAUCCCCGGAGAAGGCAUCCAAGCUUCCAUUCUUCCAGCAUCUGGGCCGUGUCUUCUGCCACAGCUGCUACAGCGAAGAGUGGUUCACUAAGGCUGGUGGAAGCCUGGGCCUUAAUUUGCUCGCGACCAAGCUGGACUUGGGAGAAGCAUGGCUUUAUGAGCGUCACGUUGAAUUCUGUCGGUCUUUGAUGUAUGUGAUCAAGGACACUCCACUGGAUCUGCCUGCUGCCACGCGAAUCCAGUCACAAGAGACGAUGAUCUUGAUUCUGCAGAAAUGUGGGAAGCUCAUCCCUAAAGAUGAUCUCAAGAACGAGAAGAGCCGCUUGUAUGCGCUUAGUGGGUUGCUUGUCUACGAGCUCGGACACAUGAACAAACAUGUUCGAGAGACUGCUCGCCGUUGCUUCACCACAUUGAAGGAAGUGCUUGGCUGUGAGGUCCAUGAACUGAUCUUGCCUGUUAGAGAUCGUCUCUUGCAGUCAAUUUUCAACAAGCCUCUGCGCGCUCUGCCUUUCGCGACGCAGAUUGGUUUCAUUGAUGCUAUCACUUACUGCCUGAGUCUUCACAAUGAGAUCGUCACCUUCAACGAGCCUCUCAACCGCUUGAUGCUGGAAUCACUAGCACUCGCCGAUGCCGAUGAUGAAUCGCUUGCUUCCAAGCCCAAUGAGUUCAAGAAUGCGGAUAUGAUCGUGAACCUCCGUGUUGCUUGCCUUCGCCUCCUGUCUAUGGCGAUGAGUUUCUCUGAGUUUGCCAAUACUCCGCAAAACACGAGCAGGGCCCGCAUCAUCUCUGUGUUCUUCAAAUCGCUGUACUCUCGUUCUCAAGAGGUGAUUGAAGCUGCAAAUGCUGGACUUCGGGAUGUCCUCACUCAGACGAACAAGCUCCCUAAGGACUUACUACAGAAUGGACUACGCCCUAUUCUUAUGAAUCUUCAAGACCCGAAACGCCUCAGUGUCGCUGGGCUGGAUGGCCUGGCUCGUCUUUUGACAUUGCUCACAAACUACUUUAAGGUCGAAAUUGGUGCACGUCUGCUUGAUCACAUGAAGGUGAUUGCAGAUGAUGCUGUGUUGCAGAAGGUUUCAUUCAGUCUUGUUGAACAGAAUCCCGCCAUGAAGAUAGUCGCCGCCAUCUUUAAUAUCUUCCACCUCCUUCCUCCAGCUGCGACUUCAUUUAUGGAGCAUCUCGUCAACAAGGUACUUGAUCUUGAGGCAAAGCUGCGACGCACGUCACACAGCCCAUUCCGCAAGCCGCUGGUCAAGUACCUCAACCGAUAUCCCAAGGAGAGUCUAACAUUCUUCUUCGCUCGUUUCAAGGACGAGAGAUUUGGACGGUUUUUCGGUCAAAUUCUGGCAGAUCCCGAGAGCGAGGGAUUGCGGAAUGCGAUCGUGGCUGAUAUGGAUGGAUUCUCUGCUGCCGCCUUUGGUCAAGACACCAGUGACGGCAAGAACACUGCUGCUAUCAACGGAGUCUAUGUUGCACACUCUCUCUGCUCGUACAGUUCAACCAAGCGCUGGUUGGUCUCACAUGCAGAUAUGAGAAACAAGCUCCUGAGUUGCGGCAGGGAUUUGGAGAGGAAGCUCCGAGGCGACAGUUUGCCUGCCGAUGAGAGACUCCGAGUGGAGCAGGCUGAAGACCAGCUGAUGGAUAUCUUCACCAUGUACUUGGCUGAGGCCACCCACGAUCUCGACUUCCUGUUUGAAGUAAUCGAUGGACUUUCCGCCGAUGAGCUGAAACGCACCCUCGCACUCCCCAAGUUCAUUUACAAGAGCAUCAUCUCCAAUGAGUCCAUUGACUAUCGGCGGUCUGUCAUCAUGCGAUGCCUGGAUCUUUACGGCCAGAAGAGCUGUCCCCAGAAGACCAAGACCUAUGCCUUCCGCAAUCUGGUGAAUCCUAUCUUUGCAAUGGAUGUUCAGGUCACCUGGAACAGCCCCCCCAAUACUCCUAAGCUUAUGGAUAAGAGCAUGACUGAGUCCAUCCAGAGUCGUUUGUGGAAGCCUCAACUCGCGGAUUUGAGUGAGGAGUCUAACCAAGCAGGCGUUGAUCACUCUCGUAUGGAGUUGCUUCAGCUUUCUGCCUUGUUGAUCAAGUACCACUCCCAAACGGUGCAGGACUCUCGCAAAGACAUUAUCAAAUUCGCCUGGAACUACAUUCGACUUGAGGAUAUUAUCAACAAGUACGGUGCCUACGUCUUGAUCAGCUAUUUCAUUGCCCACUACGAGACGCCUUUCAAGAUUGUAAUCCAAGUCUACGUCGCCUUGCUCAGGGCUCAUCAGAACGAGGGCAGAGCUCUUGUCACCCAAGCACUUGAUGUUCUUGCGCCUGUCCUCCCUACACGGACGGCCAAUAGCUCAGGCGCAGAGGCACGGUACCCAUUGUGGGCUAAAUGGCCUCGCCGCAUUUUGGCCGAAGAGACAGCCAACCUGCAGCAGGUUAUGAGCAUCUUCCAGUUCUUGGUUCGUCAGCCUGAUUUGUUCUACGAGUCAAGGGAACACUUUGUACCUCUGAUUGUUCCGUCAUUGGUCAAGAUCACCGGUCCACCCAAUUCUUCCAACGACAGCAAGAAGCUGGCACUCAACUUGAUCAGUUUGAUCUGGCAUUGGGAAGAGAAACGAGCUCAGAAUGCGGAGUCUCACUCUCUGACCCAUGCAUCAUCCGAGUCACCAGUUGCAAGGAAGCGCAAGCUGGAUGAUGCCCAAGAACCAUCUCCUUCACCCGCUCUGGGCCCCCCUAGCAGCCGUGAACGAUCUGACUACACUGUGCCUACCGACUUGCGUGCGGCAUUGAUCAAGUAUCUCAUCACCUUCAUCACGACCCUCCCUGAGCGAUUCAUCGUUCCAGCUGCUCAGAUCCGUCAGAUGCCUACAACCAAGCAACAACCUCCCGUAUUUACAGGAGAAAUGAUCAACAGGGCUAUUCACCUUCUCCGUAGCCUUCUUUCUCCCGAGUACUGGGGUGAUCUUGACAUCGAUCUCUACCAAAAGGCAACCGAGCCUAUCCUGGUGGGCGAAAAAGGUGAUAAACCAGAAGACAAAAUCACAUACAUGGUCAAUACGCUGCAGGUACUGCGUGUUCUCAUUGCAACCAAGCCAAAUGAGUGGAUUGCUGCUCGUCUUCCAUCCAUCCAAAAGCUCCUCGAGAAACCACUGAAGUCAGACAACCCUGAGAUUCAGGACUGUCUCCAUGGCCUUGAAGACGACAUGGACAUCUCCCACAAACUACCUCCUCCUGUUCGUCAUGUUCUCCAGGCCAUCCCGGAUGAACAACCAGACGACGAGGAUGCGAUGGACACGGAGGGAACGCCUUCCGAGUUUGGCUCGUAUCUGUCCACUAUCGCUACUGAGACGCUCUCCGCAAGCAACUACGUUUCAAGCUUGAACAUUCUCUGGACACUUUCUAAGGUUAAGCCGGCUGAGAUUGACGCACAUAUCCCUGCCGUUAUGAAGGCAUUCUCUACCAAAUUGGCUAAGGAGCACGUAGCUGCGUCUACUCAGAAUGGCGCCCAGCUGCAGAAUGGGAACGGCACAAAGCCCGCCGAAGGAGCUGCCCCGGCCACAGAUCAACAAGAGUUCGAGCUCGGUGUUGACCUCAUCCUCAAGACAAUUGAGUUGAUCUCCGUUCGCAUGUCUCACCUCGGAGACCAGCGACGCCCAUUCCUCAGUGUUCUCGCGCAGAUCGUUGAGCGCUCACAAAACAUCGAGCUUUGCAGCAAGAUCUUGGGCAUGGCUGAGUCGUGGAUCUUCCACUCCACCGAGUCAUGGCCUACCUUGAAGGAGAAGACAGCUGUGCUUCACAAGAUGUUGCUAUUCGAAUCUCGACCUGAUCAGACUAUGUUGAAGAAGUUCCUUGACCUCGUCAUUCGAAUUUACGAGGACUCAAAGAUCACGCGCACUGAGUUGACGGUUAGAUUGGAGCACGCUUUCUUGAUUGGCGCAAGAGCCCAGGAUGUUGAAAUGCGCAAUCGGUUCAUGCAGAUCUUUGAUCGCAGCUUGACCCGCCUCGCCAGCUCUCGCCUUAGCUAUGUUCUCACCUGCCAAAACUGGGAUACUUUGGCAGACUCUUUCUGGCUGGCUCAAGCGUCGCACCUGGUGCUUGGAUGUGUUGACAUGAACACCACUGCCCGCUUGCACAAUGAGGAUUUCACUUUGUUCCCCGUGUCAUUCCUCUUCGGCAGUGGAGAAAAAGACCCAAGAAAGGCCGAUAUCAUGGUUGAUAACCAGCUUGAGACUUUCGUCACCGAGCGGAGACGAUUCAUGUCGGAGGUCGGUGAUGUCAGAGUUCGCGAUCUGAUCGAGCCUCUUUGCCAGCUUCAGCAUACCGAUUCGAAUGUUGCCUACAAAUUGUGGACUACCUUGUUCCCGCUCUUUUGGUCCACACUUUCGAAGGAGGACUGCAUUGAUCUGGAGAAGGACAUGGUGACACUUCUCACUCGGGAGUACCAUCACAGACAAUUGGAUAAGCGUCCCAACGUUGUCCAAGCUCUUCUUGAGGGUACGGUGCGUGCCAGUCCUCGCUUUAAGAUCCCUCCCCAUGUCAUCAAGUAUCUCAGCCGAACUUACGACGCAUGGUACACUGCUGCGACGUACCUCGAACAAACUGCCAUUGACCCUAUCAUCGACACACCCACUGUGCGAGAAAGUAAUCUCGAUGCCCUUGUGGAGGUCUACGCAGGCCUACAGGAAGAUGACUUCUUCUAUGGAACUUGGCGCCGUCGUUGCAAGUUUGUCGAGACCAAUGCCGCCCUUUCAUACGAGCAACAGGGAAUGUGGGACAAAUCCCAGCAGCUCUAUGAGAAUGCCCAGAUCAAGGCUCGUUCCGGCGCCAUGCCCUUCUCACAGGGUGAAUACUUUGUAUGGGAGGACCACUGGUUGACAUGCGCUCAAAAGCUCCAGCAAUGGGACAUUUUAAGCGACUUCGCCAAGCAUGAGAAUCUGAACGAUCUCUUGCUCGAGGCCGCUUGGAGGAACAUUGAAAACUGGCAGAGUGAGGGUAACCGAGAGCAGCUCGAAUCAUUGAUCAAGUCUGUAUCAGAUGCUCCCACCCCCAGACGCACCUUCUUCCAGGCAUUCAUGGCCCUGCUUCAAUACCAUACGAAGAAGGACAACAUCCAGGAUUUCAACAGUGUUUGCGACGAGUCCAUUCAGCUUUCCAUCCGCAAAUGGCUGCAACUGCCCAAGCGCAUCACCAAUGCCCAUAUUCCGAUUCUCCAGCAUUUCCAGCUUUUGGUGGAACUACACGAUGCCAGUCACAUCUGCGGAAGCUUGGCUCAGACAAACGAACGCAACUUGGAUACCAAGUCUGCAGAGCUCAAGCUGCUUCUUGGCACAUGGAGAGACCGUUUGCCGAACCUCUGGGAUGAUAUUAACACAUGGCAAGACCUUGUCACCUGGCGUCAGCACAUCUUCCAGCUCAUCAAUGGUACUUACCUCAGCCUCCUACCCCCACAGACCAACAAUGUGGCCAGCAACUCUUACGCCUACCGGGGAUACCACGAGACUGCUUGGAUUAUCAAUCGCUUCGCUCAUGUGGCCCGCAAGCACCAGAUGCCAGAGGUAUGUAUCAAUCAGCUCAGCCGCAUCUAUACCUUGCCGAAUAUCGAAAUCCAGGAGGCAUUCCUCAAGCUUCGCGAGCAGGCCAAGUGCCAUUACCAGAACCCGAAGGAGCUGAACAGUGGACUGGAUGUGAUUAACAACACCAACUUGAACUACUUCGGACCACAGCAAAAGGCUGAGUUCUACACGCUCAAGGGCAUGUUCCUCGCUAAGUUGGACCAUGUCAAUGAGGCAAAUGAAGCUUUCGGUGUUGCUCUUUACUACGAUCUACGCCUUGCCAAGGCCUGGUCUGAAUGGGGACAAUACAGUGAUCAGAGGUUCAAGGCUGACCCUACUGACUACGAGCUUGCCAGCAAUGCUGUUAGCUGUUACCUGGAGGCGGCUGGUCUCUACAAGAGCGCGAAGUCGCGGAAACUGCUCAGCAGAAUCCUCUGGCUCCUCAGUCUAGAUAACGACGAGGGCAAGAUUGCAAGUGCGUUCGAGAACUUCAAGGGAGACACCCCGGUGUGGUACUGGAUUACCUUUAUCCCGCAACUUUUGACCAGCCUGUCCCAUCGCGAGGCGCGCCUCUGCAAGGCUGUUCUGGUCAAGAUUGCCAAGCUAUACCCCCAAGCUCUGUUCUUCUUGCUCCGCACCAACAGAGAGGACAUGCUUAGUAUCAAGAAACAGCAUGACCAGAAGCAAGAAAAGUUGAAUCGGGCUAGACAGCAACAGCAAGGAUCUUCGCCCAACACAAAGCCAAACUCGGCUGCUGGUACCGAUAGUUCGCCCGCCCAAAAGGCCCAGGCAGCUGCCAAUGCCUCGCCCUUAGUUCCACCUGCAGGCUCGCCAGCUAUUCAGAAUCCCGCCCUUCCGCAAAGCCAGUCACCUGCUCAGCCACAAAACGCCGUUCAGGCAUCCCCAAGACAGGGUCAAGGUCAAAGCCCACAAGCCGGUCAAACUCCAGGCCAAUCUCAACACUUGCAAGUACCAGGUCAGAAUGGAACACCACAGACCCAGGCUCCCACCGUCGAGGGCGAGAAGGAGCCUCUCAAAAAACCAUGGGAGUACUCGGACGAAAUCAUGUCUGGACUCAAGACAGCCUUCCCCUUACUCGCUCUGUCUAUGGAGACAAUGGUCGAUCAGAUCCACAAGAACUUUAAGUGUCCCCCGGAUGAGGAUGCUUACCGCCUGAUCGUUGCUCUUCUGAACGAUGGCCUAGCUUACGUGGGUCGCAUGCCUGCAUCUUAUGCACCGGACUUCAAGUUGCCUGCCGCCACCGAAGCCAACAUCACUCGCUUCGCGGAGACCAUUCUUCCUGCCCACAUUCGCAAAUCGUUCGAGGCGGACUUCGUCACCAAGAAGCCGACCAUGAACGAGUACAUCCACAAGCUCCGGCGCUGGCGUGACAAGUUCGAAGAAAAGCUCGAUCGUCGACCCCAACAGACAUUCCUUGAGAGCGCCUCUCCCCAUCUGAGUGAAUUCCGCUUCCUCAAGUUCGAUGAGGUCGAGAUCCCCGGCCAGUACCUACUCCACAAGGACAAGAAUCAAGACUUUGUCCGCAUCGAUCGCUUCCUUCCAGAUGUGGACUUGGUGCGAGGUAUUGGUGUUUGCCAUCGCCGCUUGAAGAUUCGAGGCCAUGACGGUAGUGUGCAAGCAUUUGCUGUCCAACACCCUGCUGCCCGCCACUGCAGACGCGAAGAACGCAUCCUCCAGCUGUUCCGAAUCUUUAACGGCUUGCUUGCGAAACGCAAAGAAAGCCGCCGUCGCAAUCUGUAUUUCCACUUGCCGUUGAUGGUCCCGUUAGCGCCUCACAUUCGCCUGGUCCGGGACGAUUCGUCAUACAUCUCCAUGCAGGGUAUCUAUGAGGAUUACUGCCGCCGCGAGGGAAUGAAUAAGGACGAGCCAGUGCUCUUCACAAUGGAUAAGAUGAGGUCAUUGGCAGAGACAAAGCAAAAUCGUACUCCCGAUCAGCAACAGGUUCUUCGUACAGAGAUCCUCACAGCUAUUCAAGACAAGUGGGUCCCGAGCACUGUGGUCUUGGAAUACUUCCAGCAGACAUACCCCAACUUCUCGGACUUCUGGCUAUUCCGCCGACAGUUUGCCUACCAAUACGCGGCGAUUGCCUUCAUGACCUAUGUUAUGCACAUCGGAAACCGAUACCCAAACAAGAUCAUGAUAUCUCGCUCGACCGGUGACAUCUGGGGUGCCGAAUUGAUCCCCACCAUCAAUCCAGCUAAGGCAUUCUUCUACAACCCGGAACAAGUUCCCUUCCGUUUCACACCGAACAUUCAAACCUUACUGGGUCCAAUCGCAACAGAGGGUGUCUUCGCCUGUGCAAUGAUGGCCAUCGCCCGCUGCUUGACCGAGCCACGCCACGAGCUGGAGCAACAACUUAGCGUCUUUGUGCGGGACGAAAUGAUGUUCUGGUCUACGGCACAGCAUCGCGGGCCCUUGCCCCCCAACCAGCUCCGCGACCUUGUCUACAAUAACAGCGAGAUCAUUGCCAACCGCGCUGUCAGCCUUGCCAGCCCACCGGAGGGCAACUUGCCAGCCAACCAGACCACGAUUGACCUGGUUUCUAAGGCUGUUAACCCUCAACAUCUGGCCUCGUGCGAUGCGUUGUGGAUGCCAUACCUUUGA